AAGUGCAUUUUUUACUCCUCUCCCCUCUUUUCAUACAUACUGACAUUUGAUAUAGACAUAAAUCCAGUCGCAGGAUUCUGAAAUGUCUUACACAUCUUAAGGUAAUUCUUUGUGUCUGCAACUAUUGUUAAGAAGAUUAUUUCACGUUUCUCAACAAUCAUGGUCGUCAGCGAUAGUUGUCAAAUCGCGGGAGAUGAUUCUGAGGUGUGUACUGCCAUUCAUGAGACAGCAAAUAAGUGUGGUUUCUAUCUCAAUACGACAUCAUGUCACGAUUCCGACGGCAAGCUGGAUUAUAUGUAUUUCAUAUUUUGCUAUCUCCAGCCUCAGUAUUCUGGGGUUGGCAUAGCAGUUUGUAUGAUUUGGCUUUUAAUGCUUUUCAUUGGACUCGGAGUAACAGCUGAUGAUUUCUUGUGUCCAUCUCUUGUAGUGAUAACAAAGACUCUUCGUUUAUCGCAGAACAUAGCUGGAGUAACAUUUUUAGCUUUUGGUAAUGGUGCACCAGACAUCUUUUCAUCAGUAGCAGGAACUGAGCAAGCUCGACCGGAACUAGUCAUAGGUACUCUCUUUGGUGCCGGUGUUUUUGUUACUUCAGUGGUUGCAGGUUCCAUAAUUGCUUCAAAACCGUUCAAGAUAAUGGAAAGACCAUUUCUCAGAGAUAUUAUAUUUUAUGUAUGUGCUGCAUUUUGGGCCUUCUUGCGCUUUUAUUAUGAAAUAGUACUCCUAUGGCAUGCAAUAGGGUUCAUAGCACUUUAUAUCCUGUAUAUAUUGGUGGUUAUUAUAAGUCGAAUAAUUUAUAACAAGUACCGAGACAAAACACCACCUAAAGUUCCUGAGAUCGAAGUUGAACCUCCAACACCUGAUGAGAAGAGCCAAGUGACUUUUAAGCCAAGUGGCGAAGAUGAUGAUCCCGAAGCCGCAGGAGUAGUCUUACGAAGGUUUAGUUUUCGUGGUAGCAUCUCCAGCCCCACAAAAAAGAGAGUAUCCUCUUCUCAUUCUCACCAUGAACAUGUGAUCAAAGCACUUACACAGUCUGUGGAUAGUCAUCAGAAUCCUGCGUACAAAAAUGGCCAUCCGCCGCCUCUGGAUAGUCAAAUUUCCAAAACUAGUCUCUCUAGCCUUUUAACUUCAAGCGGAGAAACAACAACGUUGAGAGAAUUCUUGUUUCAAGUUUCUCCAGUUGACAUUGAAGCAUGGCCAGAAAGAAGUCUUUUAUCUAAAGUUCUCGAAAUAGUUAAGGCUCCCGUCUGCUUUUUAUUGAUCCUUACAGUUCCUGUUGUUGACUACGAAAAUGACAAAGAUAAUUGGUGCAGACCAUUGAAUAUCAUUCACUGUCUGUCGUCUCCUAUGUUCGUAUUAUUGGCUCUUGGAGAAUAUGACCAAAAUGUUGGCAAGAUACCUGUAUGGGGUAUUGUUUUAUUAGUGUCAGUUGCAGUGGCAACUAUAGUGUUCUUCACUUCAUCCAAUGAUUCUGCUCCUAUAUAUCACGGGGUUUUCGGAUAUCUGGGUUUCAUUGUGUCUGUUUUAUGGGUGUACGUCAUCGCCUCAGAGAUUGUCUCGUUGUUAAAGACUGUUGGAAUCAUAUUCAAACUAAGCGAUGCAAUUCUAGGUCUAACAGUUCUUGCAUGGGGAAAUAGUAUAGGAGAUUUCAUUUCAAAUUUAUCUGUUGCAAGACAGGGUUACCCAAGAAUGGGUAUAUCUGCCUGCUACGGAGGCCCUCUACUGAAUCUACUUUUGGGUAUAGGAAUACCAUACACUCUGAGGAUUGCAAAAUGUGGAGAGCCACUUGAAUUACAAUAUGACAGAUUAAUCACUUUGCUGUACGGUACUUUGACCAUAAUUCUCAUUUGCACAAUUUUAACCAUGACAGUCCUUCGUUUCAACGCAAAGAGAUAUUUUGGGAUCUUCUUAAUCUGCAUGUAUGUAGCGUUCUUGAGUGCUGCCAUUAUGCUGGAAACUGGAAUUAUAUGAGACAUUCUUUACCCCAUGACUUGUAAAGAUCGCUGUGAAAGGAAAUUCGUCCAUCCUGUCAUCACUGACUAUGAGAAUACAGAAUUUCUGUGACUGCUCACUCCUGGGAGUUGACUAACGAAUUUCUGCUAGUUAAUACCCUACUUUCAUGUUAUUUAAGGAAGUAUUGGUAGUAAAUCAAAGUAAGCAAUCAUGGCGUGUUAGUGAUUGUUCUUAUGAAAGACAUUGUGUUAUUCAUUGUGUGACUGAGAGAACACUUGUGUAAAUCUGAACAACGAUUCCUAAUUAUUAUCUAAAAGCGUUUUCCACUAAAUUUGGACUACAUUCCUGUAAGUAUGUUACAAGAUUCAUGUAUGGAAGCAGUGAGAAAAAUAAGAUUUUUAAUUAUCGUUUAUAUUUUUAAAAAAUGUUUCUAAUUAUCAUAGACGAACUGAGUUUUCAGAGAGUGUGGUAUUUUGUAAUUCAUCCGUAUGUACUUGAAUUAAAAUAAAUAUCAUGAAAACCCUUCUAGACAUCGAGAUUUCCGAUUGCAAGUUAAAAAUGGGUAAAAAGACUUAAUUUUUGUGAUUUUUCGAGACCUGUUAUACACGAGUUUUAAGUAUGCAACCUCAUGAAUACUGGAAAGAUCUGAUAUCAAUAAUCUUUUCUUAGUCGAAGAGAAUUACGAAACUAUGCUUUCAAAUGACUUCAUUCCAUCAAUUAGUUCCCCCCCCCAUCAAUUAGUUUUAAAAUAGAUAUGAACAAGCCGAUUGUGAAGAACAUUAAAAAAUUUGUCCUUUUAGACUGUUUGAUCCUUUUAGACUUUGCUUGCUGAUUCUAUAAAGUAGGUGGCAUUAAAUUGCCCAUUUUUUAGAAAACUGGAAAAUUAACAUAUUAUUUAAUUGAAUUUCCAGGACAAAUCUGGGAUUUUAUUUUAAAGUUUUGUUUAUAUAUUGUAAUUAUGUACAAUGGAAAUUUUAAAACAUUUCUGUACGUUUUUUAUUUCAGUAGUAUCUUUGCAGCAUUACACAGCAUAAUUAUUUCAAAAUCUUAAGGACCCGUGAUUUUAAGAAAUGCAAAAGAUUAACGGAAUGAUCGUGAUAUAUAUUAAAAGUUCUGUAUAUUUGAUACCGUUAUUUUGUAAGAGUAGUGUGUUUCAUUGAAAUCCAUUACACGUUUAACUAAACAAUAACUUAAUAGUUUUUCCUCUAAUGGAAUGUUUGCACAUAAUAUUGAAAACAUGUUUAAUACUGAAAACAUGUAUCGGCAUGUUUUACAUAGUCUGCCCUACUUCCGAAAUGUUUUGCGUCGGACUUCAGUAACACCUAGAUAGGGCAAGAGAAAAUCUUUUCUGACAGUUGUUAUAACCGAUUUUGGGGGCAGGAGGUAGUCUUCUAUCUAUUCAUGUGCUUCUACCAAUCACUCACCCUCAAACUUUACCUUUGUUGUGGUGGAAAGAUAACAAACACAUGAAAACCUAAAAUAUUAACUUAAUCUUUUUUCUCACUACUUGUGAGUCAAACUUAUACAAACGUAUAAUCUAAAUCCGCUGGAUUAACAGCUACUGUCUCGAAAGCACAGCCAUUUAACCGGCUACAGCACCAGUGUUCCUACUUAAAGCUACAACAACAGAAAGGAUUAUAAUAGCCUAUUUUACUAAAUUUCCCAUUUACCAUGACUCAUGCCUAAUGUCUGAAGAUCACUUCUAUUCUAAUAGCAGCCUCUGCGGCAGGGCAUAGCAAUGACUGAAACAUCUGUACUUUAAGUAAUGCAGGUUAUGAUUCUUCCUCUAAAUUUAAACUACGUUGCUUACCCUAAAACCUGCAUAAACUUCUAGACUGAGGAAAUACGCGACGAACAAGUUUGAAAAUAAAAUCUGAACUGUUAGUUUAAUGAAAUGUUACUCCAUUUCUUGUAUUUCGUACCGGAAAUGAUUCUGACAACGAGAGUUGUUUUAGGGUUCCGCUCAUAUACUUGCUGAACCGAUGCUUAAACAUCCUAAUGCGUCCAUUUAAUUCAACAAUGGAUCUCCUACUGAUUUCCUUCAAUACGCGGAAUUUGGAUAUUUAGCUCGUUCCUCCGCUUCAAACAUUCUUCCAAGCAAACGGUCUUCUUUACUAUUGUUUCCUAACUUCAUAUUUCUCAUAAAGCCAUUGUGUCCAUUGAUAACCAGGGCAGAAGAUAACAUACAUAUAUUGCAGUUGCCUAUUUAAGUGAUUUUAAUUUUCUAUAACUUUAAGAAGCUUACUUUUUAAUUCUUCCUUGUAUUUCAUUGUAUAUAAGAUAGUUCUUACUUCUUUUAAUUUAACAACAGUAAUUAUGUUUCGAUGUAGAAUCUUAUACUUCUGUUUUAUGUUUUGUAAUUAGUGAAACUUUGUUAAUUUAAAAUAAAAGUAAGUACACGUGCAUUUUAAAUCAUUUAUAUGUAAAUCAAUGUGUGUGUAAUAAACAAUUGUUGUUUUAACCAAA